AUGGCUCCCGACCCCGAGCCCAACGGCAUCAUACUGGGCAGCCCGCUCGACCCGUCCACGCCCCCGGAUGCCGGCCAGUCCGCGUCUUCGCAGGCCACGCUGCCGUCGACCGAGAUCCCCGCGUCGCCCAUCGACGCAGACGCCGCGGACGAGUCCUUCCGAACCGAAGCCAACGACGACGGACGCGCCGCCGUGGUGAUCCCCUCGUCCCUCACCCCGCCGCCGUCGACGCAGCUCGCCGCCGCCCGCGGCAGCGCCAGGGCGGCGUUUCCGUCCCUGUCGCGCCACCCCGCCCUCUGCUCGCCACCCGCGACAACCGUUUCGAAAGCGGUGCCCGAUCGGGAACAAGGCAGCGGCGGCGCCGGCGGCGGCGACUACCGGCCCCCGUCGCCGCGCCAGGUGCUCCACGCGUCGGCGGACGAGCUCCGGCCCAUGCUGCAGAUCUGCAUCGCCGAGCAGCAGAAGCUCAAGACGGAGACGGCCCACCACAGGCUCCAGUACAACCUGCUCAGCCUGCAGGCCGACGACGACGCCAAGCGAUCCGCCGUGGAGCACGAGAUGAUGCGUCGCGAGGUGGACGCGCUGCGCGCGGCCGACCACGCCCGCCAGGCCAAGAGGGAGCUCGGCAUCGCGUCGGACUCGACGCACGCCAAGUACGCGCAGAUGAGCACGUGGUACGAGGCCGCCAUGGAGGACAACGAAACCCUGCGCCGGCGGCUCAAGCUGGCCAAGAGGGUGAUUCAGCAAAAGGAGGAGGAGAGGCUGAGCCUGGCCGAGGAGCGCGACCUGCUCCUCACGCGCAUCCGGGAGAACCGGGAGCAUUUCCACAUGCUGUGCAGCCCCGGCGGCAUCUUCCACGGCGCCAUGACCCCCAGCCAGCCCGCCGUCUCGACGCCCCAGCAAGCCCGGGCCCCCCACCGCCAGACCCCGCGAUCGUCGCAGAAGGAGGACGCGACCAGACCAGAGUACGGACUCUCGGCUCUGCUCCAGGCCAUGAGCCAGAGCCAGGACAACAACAACAACAACAGCAGCGCUCCUUGCACACCACUGACCUCUCACCGCGCGCCCCAGAAGCACUCCGCCAGGCAUAGUCGCAACGCGCAGUCCAUGUCGUCGCUACCGACGACCCCUCUGAACCGGCUGCGAGACAGCGGGGGCUUGCUGCCGUCGGUCGACCUGGUGCCGCGGACCGAGCCACGCCACCGGCGUGCGCACCAGGACGCCGCCAGACCCAGGACGCCGGACCCCAAACGGGGCGGCAGGCGCAGGAGCCGAGAGAGCACCAUCUCGGCGGACGACAACGAAGAGCUGGCCAGGCAGGCGUUGCAGUCGGUGGCGGGAGGACCGCGUUCUUCACGCACCCUGCCAGAGUCGAGAACGAGGACAGCGCCCGAGCAGCAAGGAGGCAGUCCCGGGGGGGACGACGACGACGACGACGACGACGACCUCUUGGACAGCCAAGCUAGCCAGGCGGCCACCGAGCUGCUGCGGCGGCAUCCGGGCACGAGCUUCGAGGCGGGCGGCCUGGUCGACGCCCGUCAAGCGUCGCCCAUGGCCGUUGAGCAGUCGCUUGCGCUGCAGUCCAAGAUGCUGCGGGCUUCGCGCAGCGCCGCCGCGGAUAAGCGCAAGCUUGGCAGCGGCAACCCGGCGCCGGAGGACGGGCAGCGACGCCAGCCGUCGCAGCCGAGCCCGACGAAGAGGAUCAAGGUAGCAUCGCUGGGGGGCGACCAGAGAGUCGGGCUGGGCAUUCAGUACGGCAGAUGA